AUGGGAGGAUCUGUUCUGUAUCCCAAUCCCCCUCUUAACUUCCCAUCUGUAUUCAGCAGACCCCAUUUGAGAAAACCCAUUUUUUCUCCUAAAGAAAUUCAGAUUAGGCUGCCUUCUGUGAGAGCCGUUAAUGGAAACAGUGAAAAGCCUCGUCAAACGAACACCUCUAAUGGAAGCGCGCGUAAAGUUGAGGAUAAUAAUGUUAAAUCUCAAUCGUUUGAUGAUGGUACAUUAUCUUCAUCUUUGUCACCUAAUAAAGAGCAAAUCCUUACUCUCUUUGAGCAUAUACAGUCUUCUAUAGCUAAAGGCGAGACCCAGAAAUCGAAAUCCCGCAAGAAAAAAUCUAAACGUACUGCUUAUAGUAAUGAUAAUAAUAUGAUGUCGGCCGAGUCCAUACUAGAGGUCCUUUUCCAGUCAAGAACCCAGGAAAAAGAAAAAAAUAUGGUGAACAAAGGGGAUGAUAAAUUAGUAGGCCUGCAGAAGGAUUCUCCACAGAAAGAGAAGGAAACUACUGAACUUAAAUCGAUAAGGCCCCCUUCACAAUUCACUCGAAGAUCUCCAAUACCUCGUCCAUCAAGCCCAAGAUUCGAAGUUGGGGUCAUAAGUGGAAGAUUCGUAUCAACAGACAAUGAAGAUAGCAAGAAAGUAGACAAAUUUGAAGAAAUGAAAUCGAUCCCAAAAUACAAAGUUGGGUCAGUAAACGGAAGAUUCGUAUCGACAGACAAGGAAGAAGAUAGCAAGGAAGUGGAGAAAUUCGAAGAAAUGAAACUCGCUGAAUUGAAAGAGGUUGCAAAGUCUAAAGGGAUCAAGGGUUUCUCGAAAAUGAAAAAGAGUGAGCUUUUGGAGCUCCUUAUUAGCAACGGUGCUUGA